UCAGAGUCGGUGAGGACAUGUGGAGCAGAGCAGACUGCAGAUAAAACAGAGAGCUCUGCUUAUAGUCGAGUGCGCGCGCGCCCUAGGGGCUAAGCUACUGCUGAAGAUAAUGCAGGGCGCCACCAGCAUCCAUCGAUGCGCGAUGUUCCCCACCGCACGCUGCAGUGUCCUCCCCGUCCACCAAAAGCCGCGCGUCGCCGUCGCCGUCCCCCGCCGGCGCGCGCGGGCGCUCACGGCCGUCUCUGUCAGGCCGCGCCGCGGAGGUGCGCGCCGUGACCGCUCGUGGGACGACGACGGCGGCGGGGGGAGCGGCGACGAGGACGGCAUCGACGAGAGCUUCUUCGGGGACGCGCGUGACGAGGAGGAAGACGAGCCGGAGGAGGAGGAGGAGUCGCCUUUGGGGCCGGGGCGACGGGCGGCCGUCUCGCCGGAGUCGCCCGGGGGGCAGCUGCGCGGGUCCGACGUGCUGCGGGCGCUGCAGCGGGCGGCGGCCGCGAAGGAGGCCAAGAAGAGGAGCAAACGGAGCGCGGGCGCGGCGCGGCGGCAGGGGAAGGGCGGCGGCGCGAAGGCCGCGGAGGAGGUCGUGGCGGGGGAGGCGAGGCCGGUAGAGAUAAGGCGCGAGUGGGCGCCGAGGAUCCGGGAGCUGGAGCUCAGGGUGCGGCAGCUGCUCCACAAGCACCAGUAGGCACCGCAAGUCAUGAUCUUUGGUUGAAGAGCUCUGUUGAUUAAAAAUGGCCAAUCCAUGUUUGUGCCGGCGAAGAAGCGUGCUUUGAGUCUGUUGAAUUUUGAUUCUUGGAACACAGACAGCUCUGCUUGUAUACGCACUCCCUUCUCAUUCUGAGAUUUUCUCAUGAGUCUUUCUGUGAGGCGCAUUUUGGAGCCAGGGUGCAAGAGGCGGGAUUCGACAAGAUCAACUCGGCGAUACGGCAAACCC